CUUUCUUCUGGAUAGCAUUACUUGUCCUGCCCACCUUUGAUCUUGAAAUGGUUGGAGGGCGCUAAUAUACUCCAGUUAACACAUAUUAAAAGCUCUCUUGUACCCUGACUAUCCGCCAUCAUGUUCAAGAAGAAGCCCACCAUCAAGAACCUUGCGCCUUUGCGCUCCUCGGAUCGCAGAAAGAUUGCCGACCAGAUUAUCGCUGAUUACAAGAUCGAGAUCCCUUCAUCGAGCGCGCCCACCGAACCCAGCGGUGACGAUUCGGCUGCCCCCAGCAGCGCAUCCAACCCGACGGCGCCAAACCUCACCUCGAUCCGGAAUGCGCUUCUCCCCGACAACUGCCUGUCCGCGCGCUUCACCACGACGGCCGGACCGCAGCUCCGUGAGGUUCAGGGCACCGUCUACGUGGGGACGCAUCCCGGGGGCGACGAGCGCGUGCUGUGGUUUAAGGUCGACCACGGCCCCGGCGCCGACGGACGCCUCUACCCGACAGUCUACACACUAUGGCACAACGCAGACUUAGUACCCCUGCUGCACACCCCGGGCAUGGUGAUGCAGAAGCUCCAGGGAGGAGCGGAUCUGAUGACUCCGGGGAUCGCGAACGAGCCGCCGUUCGACGAGCGGGCGGUUAAAGGUGCGGUCGUCGCCGUCGCGGAUCUGGACAGGUAUACCGUGCCGCGGUUCGUGGGUGUCUGUGAGGUCGAUGUUUCGGCGCUUGGAGAAGUGCAGGGCGCAAAAGGCCAUGCUGUCCGUGGACUCCACUGGGAGGGUGACGAGCUCUGGGCUUGGAGUUCGUCGUCCAAGCCUGGUCAACCGGCUCCCGUAUACUUGGAAGGGUGGGACGAUGUUGAAGAGGAGGACAGUGGCGAGACAAAGGAGCUUGAGGGAGCUGUGAAUGAUCUUCAGUUGGAUGAGCAGGCUCCUGCUCAGGCUGCGGGAGACGACGAGCCUUCUGCUGAAGCACCGCAACCGGUCGAGGAAGAGCCCGUUGUUGAGGAGAAAGAGCCAUCGACCAAAGAGAUUGACGAAGUCUUCGAGAAGGCCUUCCUUUACUCAUUAUACAAGCUCAAACAAGACAACCCCUCAGCGCCCAACCACGGCUUGUCCUUACCAGUCCAGCCGUCCGCGCUGGUGUCGAACAUGAUCACGCCCUACCUUCCCAUCCACACGCCCAAACAAGCUCAAUUCUACCAAAUCAAGAAGACGAGCUGGAAGAAUGUGAAAAAGUUCAUCAAAUACCUCGACAAGCAGCGCCUGGUCAAAUCCAAGGACCGCAACGGCCAGGAAACCGUGAUUCUGGACGUCGACUUCAACGACCGCCGGGUCGAGCAGUUCGUCCCCUACCGACUGCCCUCCAAGAACGUCACCGAGAACGCCGCCAGCAACAAAGCCGGCGCCGCCCCGACUAGCAGCAAAGCCAUCGUCUCCUCCGACAGCGACCCCUCGGUCGGCCAGACGCUCACCGUGCAGACCCUGUACCGACCGACGGGCAAGCUGGCGCCGACUAUCUUCCCGGCCCUGUCCAGCACGCACCCCAGCAACUUUUAUAAGUACGCCGACGUCUCCGCCCACCUGGACCAGUACCUGCAGUCGCAGAGCCCGCCGCUGAUCGAUCCCCACAACAAACGCAUCGUCAACCUCAACCCCUUCCUCGCCAACACCGUUUUCACGUCGGGCUCGUCGGACGACCGCAGCACCCUCGCCCGCGGCAAGACCACCCGCGACGCCCUCCUGAAACGCCUCGUCGACGACCACGCCCUCCUGACCGCCCACUACGUGAUCCUGAAACCGGGCCAGACCCUGGCCGGCGGCGGCGUCAAGCCCAAGGCCGGCGCCGCCCCCAAGGCCACCAUUACCCUCGAGCGCCGCACCGGCUCCAAGACCAUCACCAAGGUCUCCGGGCUGGAGGUCUUCGGCAUCAUCCCCAGCCUGCUGGCCGAGGAGCUGCAGAAGAAAUGCGCCAGCAGCACCAGCGUCGCCCAGGCCACCGGCGCAGCCAAGGGCGUCAUGGAGGUCUUGAUCCAGGGUGACCAGCGCCGGGCGCUGGAGGAGGCGCUAUCCCGCCGCGGACUGCGCUCGCAAUGGAUCGAUGUCGUCGAUAAGACCAAGAAGAAGAAAUAG